CGGCGCGUGCAAAUAGCCGGUAAUGAGGGCCAUUCAAACGGCCAAGCCCAGGCACACGGCGUAAUCUGCUCGGUCGGGAGAGGUGUGCAUGCUAUCUCUGGGCCGGCCGCUGGUGUUGCGGUGUGUGGCCCGCUGGGCGACGCCUGCCUGUGGCCAGCUCUCUCGCUUGGUCGCCCUGCCCUGCCACCACUUCUUCGCGGCUGUACCCAGAGGCGCUGUCCGUCAUCGAAGUCGCAACAAAGCUUAUGGACGCAGACGACGCUGCCGGCGAGGCCGGCGACAACGACAUGGUCACCGUGGUGUACGAGGCAGUGGAGCUCUUCCGCGACAAUGGCCGACAGCGCGAGUUCGCGCCGGGCGUGGUAGCCAAGGCCAUGCCGGGACUACGAGAGCAGAGGAAGACCCGUCAGUACUGCGACGUCGUGUUCCAUGCGGCUGACGGUGUGGACGUCUGGGCGCAUCGCUUCGUAAUGGCUGCCAAGUACUUGGGCUGCCACACACUCUUCGCUAGCGCCAAGGAAGAGAUGAGCCCCGAGCAGAAGCAAAACAACCAGUGGACUCCGCCCAUCCGGGUGGUGGUAGCAGACUUGGACAGCGACAUGACGCAACUGCUCGUUGAAUUCGCCUACCACACUCCACUGCACGAGUGCAUCGGCCUGCACAACGUCGCCAAGGUGCUCGAGCUCGCAGAGAAGCUAAAGAUACUGCGGAUACGGGAUCACUGCCUGAGCACCCUGAAGAACAACCUCGAACCGGGGAGUUGCAUCAACACUUACCACUUGGCCUGCAGUGGGGGACACGGGUAUCUCGCGAGCGAAGCCUUUCGCUACCUCGUGCGGAACUUCGACGAGGUGUGGAAAAACAGCGCCCAGUUCCAGUCCUUGACGGCGGAGGAGAUGCGCGCCAUACUGGAAGACGACUGCCUGUACGCCCCCAGUGAGGUGGAGGACACGUUCCACGCCAUCCUCAAGUGGAUCUCCGCGGACGUGAACAGCAGGAAGGCCUACCUCGCCAAGUUCCUGCCGCUCGUGCGCUUCGCACGCUGCCCCGUCAUAGAAUUCGAGAAAGUUGUCACCCACCCAGAAGUACAAGGUGACCGAGACAGCCUCAAGGUGAUAAACGUGAUCCACCAGACACUCACCCAGCCGUCGAUUCCGGUUGGCGUAGUGGCCGGCGUUGACCUGUCCCCGAAGUUGUGGCUCACGCCUCGCGUGCCCAAGGACGUCCUGUUCCUUUUCGGGGGCUGGACGUCGGGUGCCACCAACAACAUGCUCACGUACAACUGCCGCGCCGCCAAAUGGCGCGUAAUGGGCAACCAGUACACCACGCCAAGGGCGUACCAUGGUGCCGCGGUGAUCAACUCGUGCAUUUAUUUCGUGGGUGGUUUCAACGGCCGUGAGUGCUACCACUCGGUCGUCUGCUUCGAAGUGCCUCUCGCCCGCUGGACCGACAAGGCGAACAUGGCGGUCGCGCGCUGUUACGUCAGCGUCGCUGUCCUCCAGGGCUACAUCUACGCCCUGGGAGGCUUCGACGGGCGCCUGCGCACAAACACGGUCGAGCGCUACGACGUAAAGGCAAACCAUUGGUCCAUGGUCGCCAGCAUGUUACACGUCCGCAGUGACGCAAGCGCCGCGGCAGCUUCAGGCCGCAUCUACAUCGCGGGCGGCUUUACGGGUCGCGAGGUCCUGGACAGCGUGGAGUGUUACGACCCGUCGACCAACGCCUGGACCCGGGUGAUGAAUAUGUCCUGGCCCCGUAGCGGCCUCAAGGUGGUCGCCCACAAUGACACGCUCUACAUCAUCGGCGGGUACAGCGGUCUCACGCGGCUCUCCUCCAUGGAGCAGCUGGACUUGAGGAGGGCUCGGUUCUCGGAGUUGCCCAGCAUGCCUCAUUCCAAGAGCAACUUCGCUGCCGUCAUUCUAGAAGGCUGCAUUUACACCAUCGGAGGUUUCAAUGGACUGUCAACUGUGCGACUCGUCGAGCGCUACGACAUCGCCGCCCAAAAGUGGUUCACCGCCCCUGAGCUCGGCGUAAACUGCAGUGCGUCCACCGCCUGCAUCAUCACCGACCUCUCCAACCCCGCCGCCUGGAUAUGAGCAUCCGCCGCUUAUCGCACCUGCGGGGCGAAGGACCACGAUGAUCAUUCACGACCCGCAAGCCUGACACCGUCAUCCCAGUAACACCGGCCACAUCGCUCUAAAUGCGCCAGUAGCGAGAGAAUGGCACAAUAAAGCUGCCUAAAAAACGCAUAAAACAAUGAAAAA